GGUUGUCGUUGAGUGCCCGCCCCCUACGUUUAGACCGCGGAUUUUUGAAAAUAACGACCUGCGCAACAGCAAGACGUAAAUCUAGAGUUCUCUUCAAAACAUAUUCAUAACAAAGCACCGUGAUGUCCAUCACUGACCCAAACAUGAGCGAUAGGUUUACAAGUGCAAUGGAGGAGAUCCACAACAAGGAGCUUAAAACAUACACAGACAUAAUAGACACAACGGCAGAGUUGGCCCAAUCCCACAGGCAGUUUGUGAAGUCAGCAAUUGAUACGUCUUUAAAGAAGUGUAAGGAUGAUGACAUAUUGUUUGAAACAAUACAGACAUUCAAAAAAGACCUCGAACUGAAAAAAGUGGCUUUAAAAGAGAAACGACAGGCAAUAUCUGAAGUGAUAUCUGAGAUUCAGGAGAAGGAUAUGCAGAAAGAGGACAUUAUCCAGAAGAUUGAGAAGCUUAAAGAAGAACAAACCAAGAGAAAAGAACUGAUUGAAUCUCAAUACAAAGCAAACAAAGACAGACUGAAGAAUCUCCAAAAAGCCAGACUCGUCUUUCAGGAUCAUUUGGGGUUGGAGGUACGAACAAUCCUCGGCAAAACACAGCUGGUUAAAGGUGAAAAGUUGCAGUUUGUUUUUCGAAACAUCAACCCCUCUGAUCCAGACAGCGCCUAUGUCAUCACGAUGGGGAUUAAUGAAAGCGGAUCAUACCAGAUUGUCUCCAGUGACCCCGUGCUCAAGUGUUUGCCAGCCUUGGAAAAGCGACUUCAGGAGACCAAUAAUUUACCAGCAUUCCUGGCAAAUGUGAGGAAGGAGUUUAUCUCUCAGACGCGUCGCUAAAAUUGAACGCAGGGAAGGAUGAAAAGCACGCAGUGACAUUCUCCCUGCAAUUUGGACUAAAGAAAGCACAGUGGAUUCAAUGGAGUAAUCAGUGGAGGAUUACAAAUCUUUAAAUAAAAAGUCAACUUCAGGACUCUUA